GAAUCCUUCCAUGGAAGAGUUAAAGGACAAACCGAAAGCAAAAGCCGCGCAUCGGAGAGCACGGCGUUCGAAGCACCCACCUCGUAGCUGUGGCCAUCUCUUUUUCAUCUUUGAUUCUUUUCCCGCCAAGAAAGCCUACUGCACAUGAUGGCGCCUCCUCUGAUGAUCUCGUCGUCUAUACAAAGCCGCCGCAGACGUGCGAAUACGUGAUCGAUGCCUUCGCAGCGCAACCGCAACUGAAACAACAUCGCCACGCACAGCUAGCUGCAGCAGCGAACGAACGAACGCCGCAAUGCCGGCGGCGGCGACGAUGCGCGGGGGCGUCGCGCACAGCGGGCGUGCCCGGCGGGUGGGCGUGCUCCGCUUCCUCGUCGCGUCGGUGGUGGUCACCGUCCUCCUCGCGGGUCUCGCCGUGCUCAUCUUCUGGCUGGCGGUCCGGCCGAAGCCCAUCGACUACGCCGUCACCCGCGCCGUGGCGCGCCACUUCAACGUCACGCCGCCGCCCGACGCCACUGCGAACGCGACGUUCUACCUCACCUUCGCGGCGCGCAACCCGAACCGGCGCGUGUCCAUCCUGUACGAGUGGGUGGAGUUCCGCGUGCUCUACGGCGAGUCCGCGCAGCUGGCCGUCGCCGACGAGCCGGCGUUCCGGCAGCCGCGCCGCAACGAGACGCGGCUGGACGUGCGCGCCGUGGCGCGGUCGGCGGCCGUCGCGGAGCGGGCGGCGCGGGAGCUGCGGCACGACCUGGAGGCCGGGGAGGUGGGCGUCGACGUCCGGAUGCGCGCGCGCGUCCAGUUCAAGGUUGCCGGCGUCAGGAGCAGGCACUACUACAUGGAGGCGUUCUGCUCGCCCGUGGUCGUCGGACUCUCGCCGUCGGCGGCGCGGUCGUUCCAGGAGGUGCCGUGCGACGUCGCCAUCUCGUGAUCGAGCGAGGCAACAACAUGCAUGGUUGCAGGAUCACUAGCGGAGCGUGGUGUGCUGCGAAAAAGCUUGGGCUCGGAUGAAUGGGUUUGUUAGGCUUAGAUGUUUGACUCCUGCGGCGUGCCUUGUAAAUCAAGCUAGCUAGCUCUACUAGAUGUUGCCUUCUUUCCUUUUUUUUCCUUCUUCAAAUCAGUGUGUGCUGAUCCUUUUGCCAUGUUUGAUAUGUUAUCAUGCUUGGUGUGAGUGUGAGUGCCAUCCCCAUUCGGGAGAGAGUUGCCAUUGCUAGCCCCUCAUGUUUCAAUGCCUUAUCCCAAACAAUUCACGCUUUUCGUUUUUCUAUUCAAGUGAAAGUGUUAGACUUGGCACUC